AUGGCGUCGUCACCGCUCCGCAUCGGCUACGUGCCCGAACACUUCUCCGCGCCCUUGCACUUCGCCCAGCAGCACUAUGGCCUCGAGGCGACACUGGUGCCCUUCCCCUCCGGCACAGGCCACAUGAUCACAGCUCUUCGCGGCGGUGAGAUUGACAUUGGCAUCGGCCUCACUGAAGGCUGGAUUGCGGGCCUCGGCAAGGAGGGCGUCGAGGGCGACGGCGGCUACCGUCUCGUUGGCACCUACGUCGAUACCCCUCUCUGCUGGGCCAUCUCGACAGGGUCCUCCCGCCCCGAAAUCGCCUCCGUCUCCUCCCUCCGAAGCAAGCGCAUCGGCGUCUCCCGCAUCGGCUCGGGCAGCCAGAUCAUGGGCUUCGUCCUCGCCGACCAGCAGGGCUGGCUCGGAUCCGCGGACGCUGCGCCCUUCUCCGACACGGUCAUCCUCAAUACCUUUGCCAACCUCCGAGACGCUGUCAACAAGGGCGACGCCGACUACUUCAUGUGGGAACACUUCACAUCCAAGAAGUACUACGACUCGGGCGAGAUUCGCAGGGUGGGAGAGAUCUACACCCCGUGGAGCAGCUGGAAGAUUGUCGCGUCAACAGCGCUCGCUGCUGAGGGCGCCUUGGACCCGAGGGUGAAGGAUCUGUUCGGAAAGCUCGACAAGGGAAUCGUGCAUUUCAACGAGAACCAGGAGGAGGCUGUGCGGUGGAUCAGCACGAAUCUGGACUACUCCGAGGCUGACGCGAGGGAGUGGCUCAAGACGGUCAAGUUCACGGCGGGUGUUGAGGGCGUCAAGCCCGAGGUGGUGAACAACUGCGUGGAAAUCUUGAGGAAGGCGGGUGUUUUGGCCGAGGGCAAGGGAAGGCAGCCUGAGCAGAUGGUCGUCAGGGAGGCAUCAUGA